AAAUAUUAUGUAACUCAAUUAGACUAUUAGCAACUAAAGAGUGAAUUUGAAAACUUAAAAUUUGUUUGAUCGCAUUGAACAUUGAAUCGAAACAUUAGAAAAGGUGUUAAUAUUAGCCGUAAUAUAAAAGAUGGACAUAAAUACGGAUGAAUUCAAUCGUGUAAACUAUGCACACAUUCGAGACGCUAAUAAUCUCAUCGACAGAAUAAUCGAUGAAAGCGGAGAGAAAUACGGAUUGGUACUGGACGUUGGGUGCGGCAGUGGCAAUGUGACCGCACUAUUGAAUCAGAGGAUAUCAUGUGACAAAUUGGUUGGACUAGACAUAGACAUGCGAAUGAUUAAGUUUGCUAAGACUAACUAUAACUCACCGAAAGUCAGUUAUGUUGUCCAAGAUAUUAGUGCUGAAUGGCAUCAAUUGGAUCCAACUCUAAAGGAAUUGGAGGGAAAAGUGUCUCUAAUAUUCUCGAAUCGAGUCCUUCAUUGGAUUGAGAACAAGACAACUGCCGCUAAAAAUUUGUAUCGACUUCUGGCGCCAAACGGAAAGUUGUACACAAAUAUCACUACUCUUUGGGAUCUGUUUGAUGAUUUGGUGUCCAAUGAGAAGACAGAGAUUGAGAAACUGAUCAAGAUCCCCUCAAAAGACGAGCAAAUUGACAACUGGAGGACAGCCUUCGCUGAAUCUGGAUUUAAAGACAUUGACAUUGAAUUCUCGGUUCUCCGACAGAUAUACCCGAGCGAUCAGUUCAAGAAUAAAAAGGAUCCGAUCAAAAGAAAUGAAAUCAUGUCCUCUGGUUUCAGAGACUUAGUGCGGGCGGCAAUCUUAAGACAUCACUGCAGAGAACUGCCCAUCGGUUCCGAUGGUAACGCUAUGAUUGAACUAAACUACGGUCAGUGCAGAGUCAUUGCCCACAACUGA